AAUGCGGGCACAUCCUCAUCCUCUCCAAUAUCUUCAUCUGACGCUUCCACAUCUGCAUCUAGACUUACUUCUAGAGACGACUCUAGGAAGAUAACAAGCGCAGACCCGUGGCAUGGUCAGACGGAGCCGAUUGUCGGUACGAUGUUCGCCUUGCGGUAUUCUUCUGCGUCUAUACAGUUCCUCGAUUAUCUUGCGGAAUUGCAGAGCAAACCACGCCUAAUCGGGCUCGAUAAGGAGUUCCCGCCCUAUCGCUCACGGCCACCAGACAGCUAUGUGGAAACCAAAGUUCAGGGAGUGAUGUCGCAACUAAUCAAAGUUAAGGGUUAUCAAAUUGCAUUCUGCAAUAACAUCCCUGACUCUUUUCCAACUAGGAAAGACGUCAAGUAGGAUGUGAACUGAAGAAUGUAAUUGCGCAACCUCUAACGAAGCGAAUGAAGUGUUGACGCGUCGCGCAGUCUGUUCACAUCCUGGUCUCGCAGUGAGUGGACGUGCUAAACUCCAAAGGGAGAAGCUGAUGGCAUUGAUCCCACCCGUCUACGCUGAAGAUCCUCGGUUAAAUCAGGC